CAAAUGUAUUGAGUUAAAGCAUAAAAGUUGUAAUUUUACUUAUAAAAAGUUUUAUUAUUCCUUAAUAUUGUGCCGGACAGUGUUUGAGUGACAAUAUUAAUAAACAAUUCAUAUAAUGCGGCAUUUAGUUUGGAAACUCUAUAUAAGCUGGUGAAAUCGAAGAGGAAAUCCGACGUUCAUAUAUAUAAUGGACACAUGUUGUAUUAGAUUGCUUUGAAAACAUCAAACGAGGAGGGAAACCUAACUACUAUAUACUCUAAUGUCGAAAUUACAAGCUACUAUCGGUUUUGGGACUCAACUAGCACCAAUUCCACAAAAUGAAGGACAAAUUGAUGAAUGUGUUUUGCAUUUGCACAUGCCUAACAAGGGUAUGCGGCCAAUUAAUGUUAACGAGGCAAAUGACACUGUACUUCAUGUUAUUGAACGUGCUGUGCGUAGCUUGGUACCGGGUCAUAUGCCGAAUCCCCAUUUCUAUGCACUACGUUUGAAUAAUGUAGUAACUAAAGAAAUAUUAUGGAUGACGAGAUCAACAGGCAUGAAUCAGGUUAUGAAAUAUAUUUGGUACCCGAUCUGCCCGAAUUUCGAAUGUUCCAACUAUGAUAAUACAAAUAUCAAAAGUAGCAACAGGAGUUCGGUCAAUAGUGUUUGGCGGGCUGAGCUGCGAAUACGUUACAUUCCAAAUAGUUUGGCGGAGUUUUAUGAGCAAGACAAAACCAGCUGUUUAUAUUAUUUUGAUCAGGCUAAACAAGAUUAUGUUUUGUCUGAUCCAACAAUCGAUGUCGAUACGGCGAUACAAUUGUGCUGUUUAGGUAUCCGACAUUAUCUUAAGAAUACGGUAAUUAAAGCGCCAGAUAAAAAACACCAUAUUGAUUAUGUUGAGAAGGAAAUCGGUUUAAAUUCUUUUCUUCCAAAAUCUGUGAUAAGUUCAGUAAAGCCAAAGAACUUGAAAAAGUUAAUUCAAGCUGGAUAUAAGAAGGUGUAUAAUUUAACGGACAUUGAAUAUAUAACCAAGUUUUUCGAUCUUCUCCAAACAUGUAAAAUUAAUGGAAACGAAAAAUUUUCAGUAACAUUAAGCUCAGCAUGGAAUAUAUCGGGAUUCUUGUACAUCGGUUCACAAAUUGGCAUUUCCUAUCAAACACAUCCACAAGCUGACCUGACAAGCGUCGCAACCUUCAAAGACAUUAUCAAAAUUGUAACACUUGCUAUACCCAGGGAUAGUGUAAAUAACCAAUCUAAAAAGCCAAUUGCUAACUCGGCCUCUACAGAUGAUAAAUAUAAUCCUUGUAAAUGCUGGGAGGUCAAAACUCAAUUGCGAAUUACGACAAGGAGCAAUGAUGAAGACUUAGUAAUCACCUGUGAUGGCAUAAAUACUGCAGAGAGCAUUGCUGAUCUUAUUGAUGGAUAUUGUUGCUUAAUUCAAGGCAGUAGCUAUGUUUCCAAAUGGGAACGUAACGAUGUAAAUACUUUAAAUAGUAUAAAUAAUGGCUUGAAUGCAUCAGCCACAGGUUCAAAGGGCAAUCAAAAUAAUGGCUUAGACAAGGAAAAGCAAAAUGAGGAGGAUCAAACUGAUGGUGGUGGUGCAACAAUUCAAACCAGCACAAAACCAAAGCCUACCUUAACCGAAGACUACGCUGAAAUCGGUUUAAUCGAUGAUGAGGGCGACUAUUCUACGCCUACUGCUCGAAAUUAUGAAUUAGAAAGAUCUCAAAUAAAUCUGAAUGAAAAAAUAGGCGUUGGCCAAUUCGGUGAUGUUCAUAUAGGCACAUAUUUUCCGAAAGCUAAGAAAAAUACCAAAUCGAAUGCAUUGAAUACUAUGGAAAUAAAAUCUUCGGUAAUUCAAGUUGCAGUGAAAACGUGCAAAGCAAGUGAUGACCCUCAAAAAAUGGAGCAAUUUUUAGAAGAAGCAUAUAUUAUGCAAAAAUUCGAUCAUCCCCAUAUAAUUCGUUUAAUUGGUAUAUGCAGUGAAUCGCCGAUUUGGAUUGUUAUGGAAUUAGCACGUCACGGGGAACUUAGGGCGUAUUUAAAAGCCAACAGUAAGAAACUUAAGCGUGGUACGCUGCUCCUCUACUGCUACCAGUUGUCGACAGCCCUAAGCUAUUUGGAAUCCAAGAAGUUCGUACAUAGAGAUAUUGCGGCACGAAAUGUGUUAGUCAGUUCGCCAACUUGUAUAAAGCUUGCUGAUUUCGGUCUCUCGCGUUGGGUGUCGGAUCAAUCGUAUUAUCAUUCGAGCAUGUGUAUAUUGCCCAUUAAGUGGAUGGCGCCCGAGUCCAUCAAUUUUCGAAGAUUCACCAACGCUAGUGAUGUCUGGAUGUUUGGCGUUUGCGCUUGGGAAAUACUGAUGUUGGGAGUAAAGCCGUUUCAAGGUAUCAAAAACAGUGACGUUAUAACGAAAUUGGAAAACGGUGAACGUUUGCCGCUGCCAAAAGAUUGUCCGCCACGCUUGUACUCACUCAUGUCACAAUGUUGGGCUCAUGAGCCAUCCAAACGACCCACGUUCCAGCGUAUCAAAGAAACUCUUUAUGAAAUUUUAGUGGAUGAGAAAAUUAGCGAUUCGGAGACAAUGAGGCGUGAGAACAGACGUGUGGCGGCCAUGUCAUGGAGUGGUUGCGAAGGCGAAGUACCACCAGUUAAACCGACUAGAACACCCUUCGAAGGGGAUUCCGCGUUGCAGUCAUCCAUAGUGAGCGAAAAAAAUCCAUUAAGCCCACAAACAUACAUUAUAGCACAAAAUCCCGAAGUAUUGGCCAGAUUAAUGAUGGAAAACGAGAAUCGCAGCAUUAAUCCAGCAGCUUAUACAACACCAGCAUCGGUAUUUAAUACAUUAGCUGUAGAAAUUGAUGAAACCAAAACAACAAAAGUCCCAAAUAGUUCAGAUGUACCAUUGAAAAUGACCAAAUUGCCAGCAUCUGAAUUGUUUAAAUUGGAUCCCAUAGCGGAUGAGCAAAAUGUUUCGACAUUAACACGUUUAGGUGGCACACAAAAACAAACUGCUUCGCUUAAGUCCACAACAAUUACCAAUGAAACACAACCCCUGUCUCUGCCCUUACAUUGUAGUUGUCUAGAUAAAACCAAGCAUUCCACGAAUUGCGUCUAUCUAAAUGCUAGUAAUGCAGUAGAUCCUAGCACUACGUUGUACUUGAAAAACUCACGCGCAGAAGUUCAAAAUAAUUUUUGCACAAUUCCAACUAAUUUGCCCUGUCAGAAACCGCAAAUGCAAAAUAAUUUUGUUUUAUAUAAUCCACAAGCAAAUAUUUACGAUUUCCACCGUAUGCCAGUGGAUCCCAAGAUUACUAAAUCCGACUUAUUGCGUAGAUGCAAUCCGCAUUCUUAUGGCAGUCUGGAGCGUAAUCAUGAUACAUACAUAAUAGGUUCGGUUAAGCCGAUGCCAUCCAAAGGUGGUAGUUUGGAGCGCAAUCAAUCGAUUUCUAUUUCCAAUAACUUCAUGCGUGAUUGGGUACAUCGUAGUAGUAGUUUAGAAAGAGCAACAACAUUAGACGCAUAUGCCGGCAAUCAAACAGCAAAAACAAAUUUAUCAAAUAGCUUAGAACGUAAUAUUUCUUAUCGUACAUAUCGCAAUCAAAUGAAAAGCUCAAUGGAAGCGGAACCAUUACAAGAAGAAAUUUACGAUUUCGGUGGUAGUAAUGUAAAAUCGUGUGCUACCAGCUCACUAAACCGUAAUCGCACAGCUGACAUAAUUCCACGCAUGCAAUCACAACGCGACUUAAGUGGUAAUUGCAAAUCUCAAGCCAUUGCCGAACCAUUCGAUCCAAAAGUUUCACCUAACUCAACAUAUACGCCAAUGGCACCAGGCGGGAAAUCUUUUACAACUAGCUAUGGCAUAGGAAAGGACUUUAAUAUGCAUACCAUGCAACAAUAUCCUUAUCCAAUUAAUGAAAAUUGCGAGUUAGAAGCUUCCAAUUAUACAGAUAACAUAAAUUUAGUGCAGCAAAGCGCAAUAUUGGCAGGUCAGGAUGGCGUGCAUAUUGCUGAGUGUCCACUUGGCGCACAGAAGAAGCGUCUGAGCCUUGCAACAUCAAAUUCGGAUAUAAAUGCUAUGGGUUAUUUCAAUUCCCAUCAUGGACCAUCAAGUUUACCCGAGUGUUCACCAAGUAUUAGUAAUUCCUUAGGAGCUUCACGCCCGCACACCCCCGACUGCAAACUUGACACCUUAAAGAAUAGUACAUCCUCAAUAGAGAACUCGUCAAGUAGUAAUUUUAUUGAUACCCCAAGUGAUUCAAGGCCAAAUAAUGAUGUAGCAACUGCCAAACAAACCGUUAAUAGUAGUGGCAAUAAGCCAACGUUGGCGAUUGAUCGUAGCAAUGACGAAGUGUAUAGUGCUACUAAAAAUGUGGUUAAGGCGAUAAUGACACUUUCGCAAGAUGUGGAAAAAUCAAAUGCCAAUAACUAUUUGUAUUUAGUACGAAAUGUUGGAAUUGAAUUGCGUGCCUUGCUGGCAUCCGUGGAUCGACUGUCCAGGGUUUUUCCCACGCAAGCGCUUAGAGAGGUUGAAAUGGCACACAAAGUGUUGUCAAAGGAUAUGCAAGAUUUGGUGGCAACAAUGCGUUUAGCACAGCAGUACAGUGACACAACGCUCGAUAGUGAAUACAGACGAAAUAUGUUGUCAUCCGCGCAUGUCCUGGCUAUGGAUGCAAAAAACCUAUUUGAUGUAGUGGAUUCUAUACGUAGACGACAUGGUAUCUCCUCAACACCACCAGCACCAUUACAGGAAAGGGCUCGUUCCAAUCCAUUGUCCUCAACAUCGAGUGAUCCGUCGGCGUUCAUGGUUAAGACGUCUAGUGGACAUACCAUAACGCCGAAUGAGGAGACAGCUGUAACGCUAACCGAAGAUGGUUACCAAGUAAUGUCUAAUAGUAAAUAUCAAAAUUACAACAAUUUAGUAACUGAAAAAGACAAAAUUGAUGGGGAAUUGACGCAACAGCAAUUACCAAAUAUUGGCAAUUUACAUGUGACAACCCAUCUAAAUAACGAAGGGGUUGGCAGACGUUCUAACCUCGCAUUUGAGCAUAUUAUGCAUAAUACGAAUGAACAACUACAAAUUGUAGAACAUACAGACAGUUCGGAAUUCGAUCAUUUAUAUUCGAACACUAAUAUUGCUUCACAAAAAAGGUGCAACUAAUUAAUGUGUUAAAACGCUAGCCGAAUAAAUAUUUAUAGUCAAAACUAAAAAGUACUUUACAUACUCGUACAUAAAUACAUAUUUAUACAUAUAUAAG